GUGCUCGACCCCGCCCGCGCGGAGGCAGGGGCCCCCGACCCCGCCCUGGCCGACUGCGGCGCGGCCGGCGCUGACGACGCGCAGGACCCCGCCGCGGAGGAGGGCGCCUCAGAGGAGGCCAGCUCGGAGGGCGGCGGCGCCGCGGAGGGCUCCUCGUCCGCGGCCGGGGGCGCGGCCGAGGACAGCGCCGGGGAGGACUCGGACGACGGGGGCGCGGGCGGGGCGCCCCGCCGGCUGCCGUCGGCGGGCCAGGCGUUCUCGAUGGUGGACAAGAAGGACAUCGAGAAGUACAGGCCCAAGA